AGCAAUUCGCAUCGUAUUCUUGAUAUUGAGUUCGUCUGAUUCAAGAAUUUGUCCGAAUCGUAGAAUCUAAGUUAUUGCUUGGUCAGAUUUUUUAAGCGAUUCUUGAAUCAAUUGAAAUUGAAAGUACAACAUACCUUGAUGAGGUAAAAUAUCAACUACAACAUCGGCUCUAUCUUCUUACUCAAGAAUCAUUUCCAACAAGGGAAAAGAUGCCUGAGCAGCGUCAGACGAGUUUAGUUUCCUCCGGUCGAGCCGCUGGCUCCGCGAAGUCGUCCGAUGGGCGAAGCAGGCAAAAAUCCUCGCUUACCACCCCAAAAGAUGAGGCUCUAUCUGCGUCUCAUUCGAGUCGUCUUGAAAAGAAAAAUGAUUGCGAACAUAAAAGUCAAGACGAACAGCUCGCCGCAGCUGCAAAAAAGCUACAGAAAUUGAAAGAAUCGAAACAGAGGAAACGCAACGAAAAAGAACAACGUGCUCGCCUGACUCUCCACACAGAGCGGCGCCGAAAGAAUCGGAACGGUAAUAAAGGUACUCUUCUUAACGACACUUCUGAGUCGGAGUCUUCCAGCGGGGCCGAGAAUGACGAUUGUUUCCGUAAAUGUUUUCGAUCAGAGGCGGAGGGACGUCCCUUCACUAAUACUUCGGACGGCAAUUCAGCCGGACACGACGAUUAUGACAGGCAACAAGAUAGCCUACGAUCUGGACCACAAGGAAGCGCGGCAGGUCGUAGUGAAGAGAAAAAUACCAAAGGUGAGGACAAGAAGAAAGACAGACCUGAGCAAAAGCUACAUCAUUAUUGUGGCCCUUCGGUCGACGUCGGCGUCGAGGUCACGGGCUCCGACACGUCUGAUGUCGCUUUAAGCCUAUCGACGACUCCAAGGCGUGCAGAGAUCAAUAGUCGCCAGCAUCCACCGCUCGAGACGGGACGAACACGCAAAUCUAAGCACUUCGACGAGACAGACGUGUUGUUAAUGGACGCAGCGGCAACAAGAAAAGCCCCUAGACUUACGCCAAAGCCGUCGAACAAUGGUGGCGGUUUGCGUGGUGAAAAAGGACAAAGCUCUCAAACUGUGAAAAGACCGAAGCUGCAAGAUCCCGAUGUGCUGUAUCAGAGAACCUCUGAGCGCAUGGCCGAAAAUGACACUGCGUUCGUCAUUCCUGCUGGAGUUCAAGUUGAAGAUCACGAACUCCAACUACAAGGCACCAUCAACACGACGGGCACCGUACGGAACAGAAUUGACGGCGUCGAGAACGACGUGGAAGACGAAGCAGAAGCGAGCCACGACAUGAAAAAUUUCAGCAUCGACCUUUGGUCUGAAGGCUUGGCUGCGCUGAAGGAAAAAUACUUGAUCGACUCUCUGGAAGGCGGCUUUUCCGCGGGAAAAGUAGAUCAUGAGCAAGAUUUGAAGGGAUUGCUCAGCAUGUGUGGUGUGGAAGUGUUGGCGAACUUGCGCCUACAAGCGCAAAAGCAGAUUCUGAGUCACAUGUCGUUGUGGCAGAAAGCACAGUCUACACGAGCUUCUAUUAUGAUGAUUCCUUUUCGUGCGCAAGCUCCAAUUGUAGAUGAUGUAGGCGCUUCAUCUUCUUCUAGAGGAGAACACGAGCGAGGAGUUGGUCGUCAGUCAAGGGUACCCGAUACCACGAUAGAGAAGCCCAAUGAGGAAGCGGCGUUGUCAAGAAAUCGAAAUCAGAUGAAGGAUGUUCUCGUUGAAUCUUUAAACAUGAAAAGUGCAGAACAACCGUGUACAGCCAUUUCUUCUAGGGAGCAGUAUGUUGUGAAUGGAGAGACGGACACGCAUGCAGCUGAAAAACAGGAGACGAGCCUGAACACAUGUGGUAUCUCCGACGCAGCAGUUCUAUUUCGUCAUGAUGAUGUACUCGCAACAAGUCAGCUGAGAGCCGACGCGGCUCCAUGGAUACCUGGCCAGAUGAGUCCUGUUGUUGUAUUUGGUGUCGGGAACCCACAUAAUUUUCCGUCAUCUUCGUCUAGUUGCACCUUUCAAAAUCGUGACGAUCAAGAGCAGGUGCACCAGGUGGAGGAUCCUUUUCCAAACAAUGGCUAUCGUCGUUAUUGUUCUUCAUUCUCUUUUUCCUCUACGACCACACUCAAUCGUGGUGAGCAGGACGAGAUGAAAAUUAUGAAGGGGAACGAUUUCGAUCAAGGAGAAGUGGUGGAGGAGGAUGAUCGUCCCUUACACGCGCCAGAGUUCGACGAAUCCUCACCAGAGACACAGGGCGAGUUCGAUGCUGACGAAGCGUAUCGUGAGGGAGAUCAAGACGCUGUUCUUGACAAUUACUUUUCAGAACUGAUCAGAGGACAACCACAACACCAACACGAACAGCACGACGCGGCUGCUACUCCUGUGGAGGACGGGACGAAGAUUGUCAACGCUUCUGCUCCACCUACACCUGAGGAAUUUUGGAGACCAACUGUCGCGCCAGUUUCGAACAGGAGAUCCUCGAGACGCAGCAAUAUGGAUUCUCCGGUGGAAGGGUUUCACGAAGAAGAAAGGCAUAGUAACACACGCGCGGACAAUCAUGAAGACCUUGAUGACACGAACGCAUCAAAAGUCACCAGCACCACCGCGAUCUCACGGAAAAAUCAGGAAGCUAAACAAUCGCAACAUGCUCCAGGGGAACGUCGACGUGUUGAGAAAAGCGGUCCGCAAGAUCAUGAAAAAGAAAACUCAUUCGAACAGCAUAUCAGCUACCUUUACGAGGGCAAGGGCAACGCAUCCUGCAAUCAGGAUAAGCGUGUUUCUCGAGGAUUUCGCACGCGCUACUGCGGGGACGGAAACUACGACUCAGUCAGCGAGGAUUCAGACACGCUGGAUAACCUCUACGGCACUAGAUCCAGACUCAAAGCGGGGGAGCCGCGUGAUGGAUCAGCCUGUACACCAUCCUUCGAUGAAGAGAAGGAAGAAGAAGAUGAAGAUUUUUCUCGUGGUGGUCAUCAAUUACACCCACCGGCACAGGAGAUGCAAGCGAACAGAGAGCAAAAGCAAGGACAUGUCAGCAACCGUAGCGAAAAUCUGGCACCAGCACUACUGGCAGUGCAACAUCAACCUUCCUCCAUUUGCACAGUUUUUGCACCCCUUCCGAAAGGAACAGCGGAGCCUCAGCAACGCUGGGUCACAGACAAGAGGUAUCGCUUGAAAUUUCACAGUAAUCGGAAGGAUUCUCAUGAGUUGUAAUGCCUCAGCUGCAGGCACCCGUCUUUAACGAAGUCGCACAAUGACGAUGACAACAGGAAUAGAGGAAGACUGAAACUCUAAAUCUGACUCCGUAAAACUGAGGUGAUAAAGCUACUUCUUGAGCUCACGCACUGUGCUUGUGCUACAUGAGAAGCAUGAUUUCGAAGUCUACGUUCACCUUCAGCGUCAUCUUUCUUGUCAGUAUCAUCAUCUUGUUCGUCUUCAUCUUCAUCUUUUAUGAUCUCAGAGCGCCGCUUAUCGAAGACUUUCCAGAAUCUCAGCGCGAAUGCAUUCGGCGUUGCUAUCAGGAGUGUAUCUUUCACAGUAUUCCUGAUGGAUGGGAGAAAAACCGAAAGGGAGACCGAUGGCAGCUGUACAAAGUCGUUGACCCGAUUACUGACCAAGUUCAUUUAAGCACGAAUACUCGAGAAGUUGCAUGUAAUUGAUAUGAGAAUGACCAACCUUCUUCCGUCAAGAUCUUGAUUUUCCACAGCAUGGUGUAGAAUUUUUUUCCUUGUACCGAAAAAAAUCUAUCAUCAAUACUUAUAAAUACUAUAUUAUAUAUAUAAUAUAUGUUUUAGUAGUGGUCGUAGUCCGCGAUGCUCCUGGAGUAAUACCUCUUUAAUUCUCGUGAACUGUGGAGAAUUCAAGGAACUUUUCUGCUACCUCUGCUGGAAACGCGUUGAAGUAGGAGACGAGGCGUGGUGGCAUAUGAAUUCAAAGACGCACAAAAAAAAGGUAUCAGUCUGCGCUUACACGACUUACAGAAUAUUGCCCUCGAUUAGGAGGAUUAUGUGCUGGAAGCUGUUUCCGUCUCCCAUGGUUCCCGCUUCUGUUUGUUAAAGUAGGCGUCGCGGGAUAAUUGAUACUCCAUAGAUGGAAAUACUUAGAUGAAAUUGAUGUCAGCACUUCCUCAUCCUCCUGAUCUGAACUACAACUACAACUCAACGUUUUUAAAGACGCAUCAGAUGGACAACGCUAGUUGGUAUACACCGGAGCCACAUAUUCAAGCCUAUUUCGAUCAUGGAAAAAGCCUCAUACAAGACGCGAAAGGAGUACCCUACACUGUUGGAAGCCACGCGAAUAAUGAUAGAAGAGAGGUUAACCUUAAUGCCAAUAAUCGAGCAGAAUGUCUUCAGAUAACGUGUAUGCCCGCCGAUGUGUCUUCAAGCAUUAACAGAGGCUCCGGCAGAAGUGUGAGCUUUCGCGAAAACACCAAACGUACACUGCGUCGUCGAGGUUCAUCAUGUGACUACAUCGACGGUAGCUAUAACGGACUGCCCGCGUCAACGCCUCAAGGCUGUCACCUUCAGGCAGAAACAGUUAAUGAUACGGGAAGCGGUUAUGAUCACGAACAGCAACGCAGGAACAGCAAGGCCUCCAGCUAUCGUCCGCAAGGAGAAAAUGAAUACCUCUACUCAUCGACCCACAAGGACGCGGGCAGUAGUUCAUCUCGUCCUUACGACUACAAGUCGACGUCACCUUGUAUCAACAAGAAUGAAGAGAAGCACGAGGACUUGAGCAGGAGGGACCCGUCGAGUGCUACCAGUCCGACGACUUCUCAUACUUCUGCAACACGAAGUCGGACCAGAAACGGGUCCUCUUCUUAUCAUGAUAAUCGACGAGGCCAAGGCGCGAGGCUUUUGAACAGGAAUAAGGAGGAUCAUGAAGACGAACUUACUGAAGACGAAGAUGGAGACUUGGAGGAUCCUUUUCCUUACCUGACCCGAUUGGAGGAUUACGCGCUCACUAUCGUUAGAUCGAAAAGUAAUGCUGAAGAUGAUGCGGAUGAUCAAGAUCAACAAGGACGCUUGCGUAGGAUUAAAAAUGAGGACCAGCGAGUGGGUAUCCGCUUGUAUCUAAAGAACAUUGCAAAGCAAGGCAAUGAGGAGGUUGCAAACAGGUUUUUGCGAGACAAUAUGUUUUCUGGUCAAGUGAAUUCUGCAAAUCGCGCCAGGUUGCUUGGCAAAUGGGAACAGCAAGGAAAAGCACGGAGAGAAGCCAAAGCAAAGGAACGCGCUCAGAAAAUCGGCGAGGGAGGUGCUGCGCAGCAGCAAGAAGUAUUGAUAUUAUAUAGCUGUACCGUAUAACCUAAACGCGAAAUGAUCAUGACUUUGCUGUGUCCAAGAAGUCUCUAAAACUGCAAGGAGUAAGUUCUUCGUUGUCGGCAGUGCUCUCAUGAGAUGAUGGUCAUAGUCUCCGCCUAGUACUCUCUCAGGCCUCGGCAUUUUUUACCUUACCAAUCGUCCCUCCCGUUGUCACAGUGACCCAACUCCAUGAUAUAUCAGAGCGUCAGCAUGUUAACAGCGGCACGAGGAGGCUCCUAGAUUGUGACGGUGAACAUCUUCAAGGCGGAGGACCACAACAUCGAACGGACAUAGCAAGGCAGAGGAGCACGAAUGAUUCCGAAGAUGCUUUUGAUGAUACGGAAGUAGAGAAUCUUUACGUAAAUAAAAAUUAGAACAUCGUUGCGGCCCUGAAAAAUUGCGAUGGCACCACAGCAUAUUGAUUCGUUCUAUGAGAGAUGUCCGACUGUGUCAUUUCGCGCGCCACGCAUCUCGUCUUCAACAAAAUGAUUUUUUUACGGAUCAUAGUCGUGAAGAACGUGAUAAAAAAGGUUGAUAGAAGAAAAGACGAUAGGUAGUAAGAAACACAUACCCAGUUGUUAUAUAAUCAAUUACUUAAGAAAAUGUUGAGAAUUACUACGUAUACCAAUCCCAAUGGUCAUGUGACCACCCACAACCUUAUAUCUGUAGGUUCUUCACGGAACUCGCUCGCGAUACAAAAAAAAAAAUCUGUACGAAACAAAUUGAAACGUGCGCUCGAUUAAUAG